AUGUUGGGCAGCCCCUACAGUGAUUCGCAAUGCUCCCCCGGGCGAGACACAAUUGUUCACCUCUUCGAAUGGAAAUGGACGGAUAUAAAAGCUGAAUGCGAGCGAUUUUUAGGACCGUAUGGAUACUGCGGUGUUCAGAUUUCUCCUCCAAACGAGAACGCUAUAGUCACCAGCCCGAACCGCCCCUGGUAUGAACGCUAUCAGCCUACAAGUUAUAAUCUCGUCACAAGAAGCGGAAAUGAACAACAGUUUAAAGAUAUGGUAACUGCAUGUAACAAUGUUGGAGUCAGAAUCUACGUUGACGCAGUGAUAAACCACAUGACAAGAAGUUUGUCUGGCUAUGGAACAGGAGGAAAUUAUUUUAACAACGACAACUGUAGCUUCCCUGGCGUUCCAUAUGGGUGUCAAGAUUUCAAUGGACCAGAUAUGUGUCCAACAAGUGACGGGUUGAUUCAUCGUUAUGACAAGCCUAUAGAAGUUCGGAACUGCAAGCUACUCUAUUUGCCCGAUCUUCGUCUAUCCAAAGAUUAUGUUAGGGGUAAAAUUGUUGAAUUUAUGAAUAAGCUCAUUGACAUAGGAGUUGCUGGAUUCAGAGUUGAUGCAGCUAAACACAUGUGGCCUGGGGACCUGGAAAUUAUAUUUGGAAUGCUAAAUAACCUUAAAAGUGAAAUUUAUGGUACCAGAAAAAGACCCUUCAUUUUUCAAGAGGUAAUAGACUUGGGAGGCGAACCGAUAAAAAUGUCCGAAUAUUUCGGUACAGGUAGAGUUACUAACUUUAUAUAUGGCGUAAAACUAGCGAAUAUUUUCCUACGGCACUUGGACCAGGCAAAAUGGCUUGUUAACUGGGGUGAAGCAUGGGCUAUGCCCAGGUCUGAUGAUGUCGUCGUAUUCCUCAGUAACCAUGACAACCAAAGAGGUCACGGAGCUGGUGGAACACCGAUAACAUUCUUCAAUCAUAAGCAGUUGAAAACCGCCACUGCUUUUAUGUUGGCCCAUCCUUACGGAUUCCCGAGGAUUAUGAGUAGUUAUUGGUUCAGCAGUGACUCGGAGGGCCCUCCACACAACAGUAAUAUGAGUAUAAAAGAUGUCCUCGUCAACUCCGAUAUGACCUGUGGAAACGGAUGGGUAUGUGAGCACAGAUGGCGCCAAAUUUACAACAUGGUUGCCUUUAGAAAUGUUGUCGCAGGCACCUCGGUCGAUCAUUUCCAGUCAUACUGGGAUCAACAGAUCUCUUUCUCUAGAGGGAAGAAGGGGUUCAUCGCGAUUGUUGGUGACAAUAGUUCUUUGAAUCAGAACAUCUAUACGGGACUUCCGGCAGGCGAUUAUUGUGACGUCAUAUCCGGAAAUUACGAAAAUGGCGCCUGUACUGGCAAAGUUAUAAGUGUCGAUGGCAAUGGUAGAGCUUCUAUCAAUAUCUAUGGGACUUCAGACGAUCCCGUAAUUGCAAUUCAUACUGGUGCUAAAAUUGGCAGCCCAAAAGCAGUCACUGGUUAAGAAUAAAGAAGAAAUCUACAAUGCCGAACUGUUUGAUAUUCAUGUAUUUGAUACGCAAAAUAAACAUG